UGUAUAUAUUUCUAAAUAUAAAAUAAAAAAAUACUUUAAAAUAAAUUAAAUUUGUUUUCCAAAAUAGAAUCAUGAAGAACAACAAAAAAAUAAAAAAGAGAAUUCAAAAAAUAUAGAGAAGAUGAUAGUAACAGGGAGGGUACCAGCCAAGUACAUAAUCUAACUUUGUCCAUGGUUAUCAAAAUUAUCCCUACUUUAGAACAAUCCUACCCUUAAAAAAAAUAAGUAAUUUGGCUCAUUUGUUAUUGAUAUUCUUAUGAGACAAAACAAACAAUAUUAACCAGAAAGAUAGAAAAAACAGAGUAUUUGCAGAGGAAAUGAUGGAGUCUGUUUUCUGUCUCCUCAAUUUCUGAUUUUCUUUGUGUUUUAAGUCUUUCAAAUUCUCUCCUUUUGUUUUAGUCUUGUGGUGUCUAAGGUCUGAAAAACACCAACUUUAUUGAUAUGGAAAACAAGGAUGAAACUUUGGAUGCUGUGCUUAAGGAAGCUGUUGAUUUGGAAAAUGUGCCACUUGAAGAAGUUUUUCAAACUUUGAGGUGUAACAGAGAUGGUUUAACCACUGAAGCUGCAGAGCAAAGGCUUUCGAUUUUUGGCUAUAAUAAGCUUGAGGAAAAACAGGAGAGUAAAAUUUUGAAGUUCUUGGGGUUUAUGUGGAACCCUCUCUCAUGGGUUAUGGAAGCUGCUGCUAUCAUGGCUAUUGCUCUUGCCAAUGGAGGAGGGAAACCACCUGACUGGCAAGAUUUUGUUGGGAUUAUUACUCUUCUUAUUAUUAAUUCAACAAUAAGUUUCAUAGAAGAGAACAAUGCUGGCAAUGCAGCUGCUGCUUUAAUGGCUCGUCUUGCUCCUAAAGCUAAGGUUUUUCGAGAUGGGAAGUGGUCUGAAGAAGAGGCCUCUAUUCUUGUUCCAGGUGAUAUCAUCAGCAUUAAACUCGGGGACAUUAUUCCGGCAGAUGCUCGACUCCUCGAUGGUGAUCCACUCAAAAUCGAUCAGUCUUCAUUAACUGGUGAGUCUCUUCCGGUAACGAAAGGCCCUGGUGACAGUAUUUACUCGGGUUCUACAUGCAAACAAGGAGAGAUUGAAGCCGUCGUGAUCGCCACCGGUGUUCAUACGUUCUUCGGCAAAGCUGCUCACCUUGUUGAUUCAACAAAUCAACAAGGUCACUUUCAAAAGGUGUUGACUGCCAUUGGUAAUUUCUGUAUAUGUUCCAUCGCAGUCGGAAUGAUAACAGAAAUCAUCGUUAUGUACCCGAUUCAGGACCGUGAGUAUCGUCCUGGAAUCGACAAUUUGCUGGUACUACUCAUUGGAGGAAUUCCUAUUGCCAUGCCCACAGUUCUAUCUGUUACAAUGGCAAUUGGGUCUCAUCGCUUAUCUCUUCAGGGAGCUAUAACAAAAAGAAUGACAGCAAUAGAAGAAAUGGCUGGCAUGGAUGUCCUUUGCAGUGAUAAAACCGGAACUUUGACAUUGAACAAGUUAUCAGUUGACAAAAAUCUUAUCGAGAUUUUUGCGAAAGGAGUAGAUCCCGAUACUGUAGUUCUGAUGGCAGCUCGUGCAUCUCGGCUGGAAAACCAGGAUGCCAUUGAUGCUGCUAUAGUAGGGAUGUUGGCUGAUCCAAAGGAGGCACGAGCCGGUAUUCAAGAAGUUCACUUCCUUCCAUUCAAUCCAACCGAUAAGCGAACGGCUCUUACAUAUAUUGAUAAUCAAGGUCGAAUGCACCGAGUCAGCAAAGGUGCACCUGAACAGAUUCUUAAUCUUGCACACAAUAAAUCAGAGUUGGAACGUCGAGUUCAUGCUGUAAUUGAUAAGUUUGCGGAGCGUGGAUUGCGGUCACUGGCAGUAGCAUAUCAGGAAGUUCCUGACGGACGAAAGGAGAGCUCAGGAGGUCCAUGGCAAUUUAUUGGCCUGAUGCCUUUGUUCGAUCCACCUAGACAUGACAGUGCAGAUACAAUUCGAAGGGCGUUGAAUCUCGGAGUGAACGUGAAAAUGAUCACAGGUGAUCAACUGGCGAUAGCAAAGGAAACAGGACGUCGUCUCGGAAUGGGAACCAAUAUGUAUCCCUCAUCAUCCUUGUUAGGACAAAACAAAGAAGAGUCUAUUGCUGCUUUACCAGUUGAUGAGUUGAUUGAGAAAGCUGACGGUUUUGCUGGUGUUUUCCCUGAGCACAAGUAUGAGAUUGUGAAGCGCCUACAAGCCAGGAAACAUAUAUGUGGAAUGACUGGUGAUGGGGUCAAUGAUGCUCCUGCUCUUAAGAAAGCAGACAUUGGCAUAGCUGUGGCUGAUGCAACCGACGCAGCUCGUAGUGCUUCCGACAUUGUCUUGACCGAACCUGGUCUUAGUGUCAUCAUCAGUGCUGUACUAACCAGUCGAGCCAUAUUCCAGAGGAUGAAAAACUACACAAUAUAUGCAGUCUCCAUUACAAUCCGUAUUGUGCUCGGUUUCAUGUUAUUGGCAUUGAUAUGGAAGUUUGAUUUCCCUCCAUUCAUGGUCCUUAUUAUUGCUAUCCUUAAUGAUGGCACCAUUAUGACAAUAUCCAAGGAUAGAGUGAAACCAUCUCCACUGCCAGACAGUUGGAAGUUAGCAGAAAUCUUUGCAACUGGAAUCAUUCUUGGUGGUUACUUAGCCAUGAUGACUGUCAUUUUCUUUUGGGCAGCAUACAAGACAGACUUCUUCCCUAGAACAUUUGGGGUUAAAAGCCUUCAGAAAACCGACCGCAAGGACAUAAAAAUGCUUGCUUCGGCAGUAUACCUGCAAGUGAGCAUUAUCAGUCAAGCUCUCAUAUUUGUAACACGAGCAAGGAGUUGGUCUUUCCUCGAGCGUCCCGGUCUUUUACUGGUUUUGGCUUUUGUCGUAGCUCAGCUGAUUGCUACAUUAAUAGCAGUAUAUGCAAACUGGGGUUUUGCUGCAAUUGAAGGAAUUGGAUGGGGUUGGGCAGGUGUGAUAUGGCUUUACAACCUUAUCUUUUACAUUCCACUCGAUUUUAUCAAGUUUUUCAUCCGAUACGCCCUCAGUGGAAAAGCUUGGGAUCUCGUCAUCGAACAAAGGAUCGCUUUCACAAGGAAGAAAGACUUCGGGAAAGAAGAACGUGAACUGAAAUGGGCGCAUGCUCAGAGGACACUCCAUGGAUUGCAGCCACCGGACACCAAGAUGUUUGGCGACCGAACUAGUUACAAUGAACUUAAUCAAAUGGCUGAAGAGGCAAAGAGACGAGCUGAAAUUGCAAGGUUGAGGGAACUGACUACGCUAAAAGGGCACGUCGAAUCAGUAGUUAGACUGAAGGGUCUUGACAUAGACACAAUUCAGCAAGCGUACACUGUCUGAAAAAGACAUAAUACAUUUCGGCUCUACUUAUUGUACAUAUACUGCUGGGAGUAAUAAUGACCUAUAAUAUGUCAUCUUAAUGCAGUAACUGCUUUCUUAUACGUUUAAAUCCUUCAUCUUCUUCAUAGACUCCUGUUUGUCAUGGCUUCAAUGUAAUUUUUGCAUACUGUUCUAUCUAUCUCCUUUCCGUACAA